UGGGUAGUUGAGAUCCAAAUUUCCGCCUUCAGGCUCGACAAAAAAAAGGCUCGGGUGACAGGGACACCGCGGGUGCAGGCCUCCAGGGGCACGGCGAUGGGACAGCACGACUCUCUUCUCUGAGAAAACCCAACAAAAACCCUCGCUCGCCUCACUUGUUCGCUCACCUCGGUGCGGCGCGUCGUUCGGACACGGAGAUACAGCGGCGAUUCCGGCGAUGGAGUACGUGAACCCCCUCACCGGCUUCCGCGUCGACGGCCGCCGCCCCAACGAGAUGCGGCAACUCAAGGGCGAGGUCGGCGUCGUUGCGCGCGCAGACGGGUCGGCGCUGUUCGAGAUGGGCAACACCAGAGUCAUCGCCGCCGUCUACGGCCCGCGAGAGGUUCAGAACAAAGGUCAGCAAGUAAACAGCAAGGAGGCUUUGGUUCGUUGUGAGUACAGGAUGGCAGAGUUUAGUACAGGAGAUCGGAGGAGAAAACCGAAGGGUGACAGGCGAUCAACAGAAAUUUCUCUUGUUAUUCGACAGACAAUGGAGGCAAGCAUAUUAACACAUUUAAUGCCACACUCACAGAUUGAUAUAUAUGUCCAAGUUCUUCAAGCUGAUGGUGGAACAAGGUCAGCUUGCAUAAAUGCUGCAACACUAGCUCUUGCAGAUGCUGGGAUUCCAAUGCGAGACAUUGCCACAUCAUGUAGUGCUGGUUAUCUGUGUUCUACUCCUUUGCUCGAUCUGAAUUACCUCGAAGACAGUGCUGGGGGUUCUGAUGUCACUGUUGGCAUUCUUGCAAAGAUGGACAAAGUGACUUUGCUUCAGAUGGAUGCAAAAUUACCAAUUGAUACAUUUGAAAAUGUAAUGGGACUUGCAAUAGAAGGGUGCAAAGCAAUUGCAACUUACAUCCGAGAGGUGCUAUUGGAGAAUACAAAGAAGCUUGAGUGUCAGCGUGGUUAACCUUAGGAGGCAGUGCAGGCAGGUUGAUGACCUGAACCUACCCAACAACGGACAUCACACAGCCCAUUAAAAGGCUUACUGGUUGUGGUUGUGGGUGGCUGGCUCUAGUGCAGUGCACAGGAACUUCCAACGGAGUAUGUGCAAGUCGUCAGAAGUUGUUCAAGGCAGCUUGUUUGUCAUCAUCACCAGGGAUACAAGACAUGCUUCCUCAGUAAGGUGUUAUCGGAAUUUUUCGGUUCCUGUAAACUGAUAUAAAUCGAUGGUGGAACUGUACUGAUAAUCUUCCGUAUGGUGUUAUUGGAAUUUGUGUGACAGUUCCUGUAAACUAAUGCAGAGAGAGAGAUCCAGCGGGGCUCCUGCCUCCUAAAUCACUCCCUCCCAGAUUGUGGGGUUUUUGUAGAAGCAUUUGCGGGCGUGCCGUAGUGCUA